CACACCGCCCUGUCACUCCUUCUUCCCAUGUGAGCCACCGGCUGGCUGUUAAGGAAUACUCCCAGUAAGUUAACGACAAAUGAGAGCGGUUGCAAACAUUUAAAGCGGAGCGUUUUCUCCAAAAUGUUUCGAAUGAUUUUACAUGGUCGUUUCUGUGCCAAGUGCUCCCCGCUACCAGCACCGGGGUCUCUUUUACUAACACCGCAGGCGAAAGGUGUUUUUAUUCGGACACAGUCGCGUUUUGUCGGGGGCAACGUCAAUUUUAAACGCCGAUUAAAGUCCAGAACGUGGCUGUAUGGUGCUGGUGUGGGCAUUGUUUUAGCUGUAGGUCUGAAAUACAGGUCUGACUCUGCAAACAGCUCGUGUGAUGAUAAAGUUGAAAUAGCACAAAAGACUCAUCCGUAUGCAAAUGCCAUAGAAGUGAGCAGAGACCUCCUAGAGCGGAUAAAGACUGAGGUCGGAGCUCCUGGACUGAUAGUUGGAGUUGCAGUGGACGGUGUUCAAGUGUGGUCUGAAGGCAUUGGCUAUGCUGAUUUGGAGAAUCGUGUCCCAUGUACUCCUGAUACAGUGAUGCGGAUCGCCAGCAUCAGUAAGUCCCUCACAACUGCAGCUGCCGCACGACUGUGUGAAGAAGGGAAACUUGAUCUUGAUGCCCCCGUCCAGAAAUAUGUGCCAGAGUUUCCUCAGAAACAGUUUGAUGGAAAGGAUGUUACAAUAACUUCUCGUAUGAUACUGUCACACCUAAGUGGCAUAAGGCACUAUGAGAAGGAUGCAAAAAAAGUUAAGGAAGACAAAGAAAAAGCCAAGCGACUUCUUAGGCGUCCAGAUUCAGGCACAAGUAAACAGAGAGAUGAUGAGAAGAGCUUACCUGAAAACAGAGGCAAACCUGGAGGAGAUCAAACAUCUAAAAGUAAAGAAUCCACUCAGGCUCAGCAGAAAAAGGAGUUUGAGCACGAAGAAUACUACAUAAAAGGCAAUUAUGAAAGCGUUAUUAAGUCCUUGGACCUUUUUAAAAACGACCCACUCAUUUUCAAACCUGGAACCACUUACCUCUACUCCACUCAUGCUUUCACACUGCUGAGUGCCGUUUUGGAGCGGGCUGCCAACCAGCGCUUCCUGGAUAUCAUGAAGAACAUGUUUCGGGAGCUGGGAAUGCACAGUACAGUUCCAGAUGAGAAUGACCCCAUUAUAUAUCAUCGCUCCAGAUUUUAUCAUUUCAACAAGCGAGGGCGAGUUGUAAACUGCCCGUACGUAGACGUCUCCUACAAAUGGGCCGGAGGCGGCUUCCUCUCCACUGUGGGAGACCUGCUGUUGUUCGGCAAUGCUCUGCUCUAUAGCUACCAGGUGGCCCACCUGAAGGACACGGAGGGGUUGCUCCCUGGUUUUCUGAAACCCAAAUCAGCCAUAGAGCUGUGGACACCAGUUGACAAGACAGAAGGCACUUGGGAUAACGAUGGACUGUACGGCCAAGGCUGGCUGGUGGUGGAGAAGCUGCAGAAGUAUGGUCAGUGCAGGAAACGCAGGCAUUACGUGUCCCACACAGGAGGAGCUGUGGGGGCCAGCAGCGUUCUUCUGGUGUUACCCAGUGAUGAGAUGGAGCAACACCAGGGACAGACUCUUUACCUCCCACAAGGAGUGGUGGUCACCAUUAUCACAAACAUGCAGUCUGUGGGACUGAAUAGCACCGCACUAAACAUUGCUCAUCAGUUUGACAAAGCCAGAAAUGUGUGAGAGCAUCUCAAUGAAAAUUCACUGAAAACUGUUCAGCCACAAUAUUCAGUGUUUUCAGCUCCUCUUUUGUGUUGUCAUUUUUAUGCAGCUAUUAAAUCCAGCUGAAAACUAUUGAUCCAUACAUCAUCUCAUACAUGUAUGGAUGAGAUGAUGUAUAUGUUGUAUAUCCAUACAACAUAUUUUGUUUUACAAAAUAUGUUUUACAAUUCACAAAACAAAAAAUCUAAAUGGCUUUAUAGGUUGUUUUCUUUAAGCAGACUUCAGUGAAAGUUUUCCAGGCUACACUACAGUGAGAUUCUAAAGGGCUUCUGUAGUGUUUGUCAUUCUUUUAUGGGUUUUUGUUUUCACAGGAUGAUCCCAGAGUGUGCUAACGUCAUAUUAAUGUCUGGGUCGAAAGAAGCCAAACUGACAUUGGAAUUUUUAUUGUUUGUUUUGUUGCUUUUUGUGUGUGUUUUUUUUGUUUGUUUUGUUUUUUCAACUUAGGUAUGCAGAUUACACUGGCAGCAUGUUUGAAAUUUUUCAUUCUGAAAAAUGAAGCCAGUUUACUUUCAGUCCAGUUCUUGUGUAAUUUAGAAUUCCUCAGUCUUUUUCUUCCUUGCUUCCUUUCUUAAGAAAGACUUCACACCCACUGAAAGCAAUGAAGCAGUUUCUGAUGGGAGUUUCCGUGAGAGAAUGACGUCGGUAGAUGGAAUUACGCAGGAAACAAACGUGUCACUCCGGUCUUUUUUAAGAUCAGUGAAGGAUUAUUUUUUUUCCCUGUUUUAAUAUCACAGCUGUCAGAUAUUGUUCAUUCAUGUAGUUUAUUUUAUACUUCUCACAUUUUUACUAUUUCAUUUUUAAAGUUUUCUUUUAAACUGUACUUGAAAUGUUAAUACAUAUGUGCAUAAUGCUCAUAGUUUCGACUUUAAGGAUAUUUCAUAAUGGGUUUGUUGUUGUUUUUUCCCUCUACAAGGAACUGAUAGUAAAAUUUUUAAAAUUUACAACUUGUCAUCUACAGUCAGCAAAUAAUUUAAAAAUGUUCCUUUGUGCUCUUGCUUUAAUUAUAUAUAUGCAUAUUAAUAGUAAAACGUGUUUCCAUUCAUGUACACAAAUGAUUACACAAGGAAGUGGAGGUUUGUAAUGGCUGCAUAAAGAAGUAGAAAUGAGUCACAGAAUUGAAUUCCUCAUUGACUAAGCUGCUAUUACCUAAUUUGGCUUUACAAAUGAUUUUUUUCAGAUUUUGUGAAAUACACACAAACUUAUGUUAGUUUUGCUCCCGUUUGUUCUUUGUAGGAAAUCUGUUCUACCACUAGGUGGAAGCACUAUACUGAGAAAUGGUAAAGGCAGGGAUCCACAGUUAUUUUUAAUUCCACCAAGACUUUUGUUUCUGGUAAGUGAGACGUGCAUCUCUUAAAACAUUAAACAUUGCACAAAGGGUACCAGUUAAAAAAAGCUUUUAUUUACAUAUUAACAAAAAAAAGUAAAAUAUUUAUGUUCUUGACCCUUAAUAAAAAUCUUUGACAUUACAGCAAACAAACACUUGUAAUUUUAAACAAAUAUUUGACUGUUUUCAUUUGUCUGUUCAGACAUUGAUGUUUUUGCACUAAGCUUUAGGUUAGAAGGCCUCUUUAUUAUCACCCUAAUCUUUAGUUCCCUCCUAAGACACCUUUAAUGGAAUUAUGUAGAUACUGGUUGCACCACUUCACAAUUCAACUAGAAAAAAACAUUUUGGCCUAAUUAAAAUAUGUUACAGCUAAAUAUACCAGGAGCAUGAAUAAUGACUAUAUUUUUCACAAAUAAAGGCUUAUGGUUUUCUGAUGAAAGAAAUACAGUAUUUAAACUAUAUGCAUUGGCACAUAUUUCGGCUCUUUAGUUCUAACUAAUACAGCAUUUCUUGAUAGGAUAGUGAUGAAGUACUUACAGAUAAAUAAUUGGCUUCAGUGACAAGUUUAACCUGGCUUCGUUCAUUAUUUAACAGAUGACUGUUAAACCAUGGAAGACAUUUUAAAUGGUAACUUAUCUGUCAGCAAUCUAUUGUAUAUCUAUCUAACUAGUUUUAGAUUUAGGGGAACCAAUGGAGGUAUAUAGACCAGAGCAGCAGGGGCAAGCAGGGCAGCAGGGGCAAAGAUUGCCAUUUGCAUUUGUUCUUGCAUUUCUAGCUUUGGGAAGGCCGCGGGUAAAAUUACAAAGAGCUUUCUGGGAAGUGAGAUCACUAUGUCCAGUCGAGAUGCAUCCAGAGGCAACUAUGGCUAACACCAAAAACACAUUAAGGCUUAAUAACAGACAAAACUUUAAAUAGAGAUUGAUUGCAUCCAGCAAAAGGCUGUAAAUGGUUGGUUUGUGUGACAGGAACAGUCGUAUGAAUAAAAUGUCUCUAAAAUAAGACUCUGCAUGUAAUUUUUUUUUUCUUUUUUUUUUUUUUUUUUUUUAUUAAGCCACUUUUUUUAAAA